CUAAAAGUGAGGGAUGAGCAGCAGCACUCUUUUUCCUGAUCAUGUCCAACCUAGGACCAAAGCCUAAGGUAGUGAACUGUGAAGGCAACUGCAGGGCGGUCUGCUCGUGCUCAGUAGCGCAGCUUAUUCCGUUGUUGGUUCCAUCAGCUUCAUUGCUAACAGCUUCUGUGUGGGGUGGUGCCAACUGUAGAGUCGUUUCUGAAUCGAUCGGUGGACGGGGCGGAGCCACCAUGGUAGGGCCAGUGCAGGGGGCGGAUGCUGCGCCCAAUCAGACGAUCUAUGUGUCAAACCUGAAUGAAAAGAUUAAAAAGGAGGAAAUGAAGAAGUCGCUGUACGCGGUCUUCUCCCAGUUUGGCAAGAUUCUAGACAUAGUGAAUUUGAAGACCCUGAAGUUGCGAGGGCAGGCCUGGGUGGUGUUCGAUGACAUCACCGCAGCCACCAACGCACUCCGGCAGAUGCAAGGUUUUCCCUUUUAUGAUAAGCCGAUGAAAAUUGCAUAUGCGAAGACGAAGUCCGACGCAGUGUCAAAAGCCGAUGGGACGUUCGUACCACGGGAGAAGAGAAAAGCAAUCGAGGAACGAGAGAAGGAGAAGGCUCGCAAGCGUGCUGCUGCGGCGGGCCCCGUUCCUGCGGCUUUGCCCGGCCAGAUGCCGGGGAUGAUGCCCGGCAUGGUGCCGGGGAUGGUGCCCCCCGCGUAUGGCUACGGCAUGCCCCCCCCGAUGGCCGUCCCUGAGGCCCCGGCGCCCCCCAACAACCUGCUCUUCGUUGAGAACCUGCCGCUGGAGGCCAGCAAGCUGAUGCUGUCCACGCUCUUCAACCAGUUCCCAGGCUUCAAGGAAGUUCGUAUGAUCGAGUCAAAGCCAGGUAUCGCAUUUGUCGAGUUUAGUGACGAGAAUCAAUCAACAGUGGCGAUGUCCGGGCUGCAAGGGUACCGGAUCACGCCCACAAACCCCAUGUUGAUCACCUAUGCGAAGAAGUAGGUGGCGGCAUAGGGUGCGCGCUUGUUUUGGCUAGCCGUCCUUGCACCGUCAGUUCGUUGCCACACAAGAUGGCGACCUGAGAUGGAAGGCAAGCCCAACUGCGAACAGUACCUCUUAAGACUUCCCUCUUUCCAGGCUGCUCCAGCACUUUGCGGGCUGGUGCAUCACUUGUAUUCGCUGCUCUGGUGCCGCUGAUGCUGUUACUGAAGAGCAUUCACAGGCCAGUAAAGACACUGGCAUGCAUGCCAUGAUGGCAGGGUUCGUUCAAUCCGAAUCAAUCAUCAGCAUAGAAAUCACUUCAAGUGAUUAUGCACCGCAAGUGCUGUUUAGUACAUUAUCAGUAACUUAAGGUACUAAGAAUUACUCAAGGCUUGUUUAAGAUCCUUGGGGAGCCUUUUUAAGUUCAUAGGUUACGCAGCGGCAAUUGUCAGUAGGACGAAGUCUAAGUUUGGUGCGGUAAACAUGCAACCGGCCGUACUGGUAACUAUAUAUGUGAUCU